CUGUUAGUGGUUAAAGUAGCCUGGUUCUAAAGUAGGUUGAUAACAUAAGUAAUAUAAAAAUAAUUGUGCUGCUCUUUCGGGAUCAUGGCCGUCUAUUUCUGGGGAAAAAAAAAGAUUGAUACGUUGUCUCUCAUUUCUCCUCCAGAUGCUCCAAAGCUUCCCUCUGUGUCAGUGAGUCCCUCUGCUGAGAUAGUGGAGGGCAGUUCAGUGACUCUGACCUGUAGCAGUGAUGCUAACCCAGCAGCUAAAUACACCUGGUACAAGGAGAACCACACAAUAUUUCAGGGACCAGAGGGAAAUUACUAUUUCAAGUCCAUCCGCUCUGAGGACAGAGGAAUCUACUACUGCACGUCUAAGAAUCAGCAUGGACAGAACAGGUCAUCUCUAUCAGUAGAUGUUCAGUAUGCUCCAAAGCUUCCCUCUGUGUCAGUGAGUCCCUCUGCUGAGAUAGUGGAGGGCAGUUCAGUGACUCUGACCUGUAGCAGUGAUGCUAACCCAGCAGCUAACUAUACCUGGUACAAGGAGAAUGAAGACUCACCAAAAGCAUCAGGACAGAUCUUCACCAUCUCUAACGUCAGAGCUGAACACAGUGGGAAUUAUUACUGUGAAGCCCAGAACACAAGAGGACGUCAUAACUCCACCUUACAAAUGACUGUUGUGGCAGGAAGAAGAAAACUCUGAGCUCCACCAAUGAACCAAAUGAACCCAAAGAGACUCUGGAGUUGGUCCGAAUCAAGUCUGCAGCAGAGACAGAAGACACAAAGGAGGAGGAAGAACUGGUGUGAAGGUCAGCCAGGUUUGAUGCUGCUGCAGGGCCUCAAAAGAAGAACUCUAAUUAAUCUCCACUGAUGAGUUUUCAGAUUUCAGUAGCAGAUGAUGAGAUGAGAUACUGAGAUACGUACUUAUUGAGCUCCAGAGGGGAAACUCAGGUCCUGCAGCGGCAUAAAGACAGAAAUGAGUGCAGAUAAUAAGGAAAGUUAAAAAUAGAAUAAAAUAAAUGCUAUACACAACUAGUAGAACAAUAGAAGUAAAAAUAAAAACUAAACAAAUAAUUAAAGACAAUGUUACAAGGUAAAGUGACACUGGUUUGGUUAAUAGCAGCAACUGAGCUUUCGCUAAGCCCCGCCCCUUUG